GCAUUGUUCUCUUACCGACCAUUGUACUUUAUCCGACCGUCAUACAUAUAAGCAACAUGGCCACUUACUAUGCUCCAUCCCGUUCCCCGGUGGACUGGACUCAAGGAUAUAGACAAAGAACGCGGUCCAUCGACCCUUUAGACUACUUUACACCAACUUAACCUUUGACUGCUUAGCCCCUUUGACUUUGACCGGAACAAAUUUCCAUUGCCACUUAAAGGACACUUUCCCAAAGGUCUCCUGGAUUUCACAACCCACUUUUUGAACCACAGCCCCAACCCAUACACUGUCUUUGCUCCCUCACACGAUACUCAACGCCAAGAUGCGCUGCCCAUUCCUUACUUUACGAUUCGUUAUAUUCGCUAUUGCUAUGUAUCUAAAUAUUUUGGCAUUCGGCUUCUCAAUAUGGAACAUUGUAGCAAUGAAAGAUGCUGGCGUAUCAGCUGUAGGCGCGCCUCUAUUCAUCAUUUUCAAUAGUUGUGCUCUGGUCUUCUUCCUUCUGUUGGCCGUGGCAGAACUUGUUAUCCCUUCCGCCAAGACUGCUCAAGUUUCCUUUGAGUGUCUAUGGACAGGUGCUCUUAGCACACUACAACUCGCUGCUGCUCUGAACAUCACCAUAAGAGGCCCUCCCAUAUACUGCGGCUCUCAAUCAUCCGAGGCUAUCUGUGGCUCGUCCUUUGUUCUCGUGGUCCUCACUUGGAUAUCGUGCACUUCGCUAUUGGUCUAUUUUCUUGCACUCCUCGUUACUGCUCUCUCCCACUGGAAAUCGUAUCGCGGCGUAUGGUCCACCACGGUGUACAACGUUCCUUGGUUCACCGAACGCGAUGUGCCACGACCUCCCUCGACAAGGCCGGUGUCCAUGCCGACUCCACCGAAGCCAUUCAAGUUGAAGGCACAGAAAAUGCCAUAUGUAAAUCCUCUCUUCAAUGGGACAGACGAUGACCUCCCUCUGAGUCCUCCGAGAGCUCCCUUCGCGGACAUCGAGAAAGGAUUGUCCGGUACACGGCCCACUCUGCCUCAUGAAAGCAGCAGGGAGACUUUCCGACCCACUUGGGCGAAGAGCCUCAAAGUACGUCGAGGCCUUGAUCAUCCUUUUGGCGCACCGAAGACGCGGCCCAUCACUGCCAUAAUCAAGUCAUACUGGUCACCAUCUUCUGCCCCUUCUCCGCCACCUAAGCCUACCCCGCUGGUCCUUCCAAAGUUGGAUCUUAGUCUCGACAUGAACGGUCCGCAUUAUCGUCGGGAGUCGCAAACGACGCGUUCCUCUUACAGCCAGUUCCCUGCUGCCGUCGCGAAUCCUGACAGACCCAUCGAGUUCGGUCGACUCUCGGAGUGGGUUCGGGCAGAUAUGGCUGCGGGAAUCAACGUGCAUUCUACUCCGCAGUUGACACCGCGUUAAUGGAUCCCACCUUCGUACUUCUUUUCCAUCACGAAGAACCAAUGCCAAGAUGACAUCACGAACACUGUAUUGAUAUUCGCAUUCCCUCAUUUGGACCGUAUUCGAACACCUUGUAGCCUUAUAUUAUAUGCAUGAAUCCUUGGAAAUAAAGGACGAGUCUUGUAUCCCGUAUCAUUCAGCUUGAUGACGGGGCGCCUUCAGUUUCUAACCACGAUAUUCUUGCACGCAGCUCCUGAUUUUCGUCUUUUGCUACGGUCAGGGCCCGUUGUACAGUUUCGAGCUCUUCCCGAGUUUCCAUGAGGGCCUUUGCAUUUUCUUCUUCCAGGUCCCCAGCUCCAACGGCAAUACCUGAUUGCCCAAGACUAAAUUAUAUCUGCCUGAACUGCAUGUACGCGAUAUUACUUACCUCCGACCAGCUUGACAAGACGCCAUAACCGGAGAAUAACGAGCAGGGAAGCAAGUUCUCUUUCCUUUCCCCUCAAUACAAUCUCUAAAAUGAAGGUUGUGAUAAUGAUGAAAGCAUCAAAGAGAUGCAAGCCAGCAUGAAGUUUGUUUCCCAUCGGAUUAUAGAAGCUCGGACCCAGCGCCCAUAGUGUAAGUGGUAUUUCGAUGAGGAAUAAUGUGGUAAUGACGAGAGAUAUGUGAGAAAGGACGUCCAGCCAUAUAGGUGCGCCAGGGCCUUCGAUGGGAGUACAUGAAUCCGAGAGAAUGGUGUAUGCGAGAUCGGUCAACACGCAUGCAGAAUCAAUCACGACCUAUAUAUCCACACCGACGGCAAUGAAGCGACGUUGGAGGUGGUUCGCAGUGCUAUAUGUAGAAAUAAAUACGUGCCAGGGUGAGGACAGUGUAAUGCAUUGGCCGGGACUCGAGAAACUCGGCCAUCCGUUUCUUCCAAUGAUGUUGUCGACCAUGGGCAGUAUUUUCAACAUCAGUGUCAGCGUAUGCGUCUUGUGAAGGUAAUAGAGGUUGUUGUUC